GUGGUUUGGUGCUGCGUCGGCCGCAGUCUCCCCUCUACGACCCGCACACGACCCGGCGACCGCUCCAUCGAUCGCGCGGACAAGAUGGUAGGAAAAGCCUCUAGCUCAUCUUCGUACCGCAUGAGCUCAAGUCAAAUGAUGGCAACGUCGCGCGGAAGUACGAGCGAGCUCGAGAUGGCCGGCACCGACAGCAUUUCCCUCGCGUUGCACCCGUUUGAGGACUUGUUUGAAACAGACUGGGAAGGGUACGUGUGGAAGCAAGGCCACGUCGUGCGCAACUGGCGCAACCGCUACGGCAUUCUUACGGGCACGUGCUUUACGUAUUACUCGUCCAAGGAGCACGCGAUGUCAGAUUUUGAAAAGUUCAAGGGCCGGGUCACCGUGACCGGCGCCAAAAAAGACCCCUCUCGCAGCAACGGAUUUGUCGUGACGACCACGAUUGACAAGGUAUUUUGCAUGUACACAAAGACUCCGAUCGAGACAGAGCUGUGGAUCCGCAUGAUCGAAAAGGCGGUCCAAAUCGCAUACUUUCAGAUGUCGCUCGCGGCUUCCGCGCAACUGCCCGACAUCAUCCUGGAAGGCGGGAACUUGUCGUCGUCUACAGACAGCCGGCAUUUGAACUCGUCCUUUGCGAACUUGUCGCUGUCGUCGAACCAGCAUCUGAGCUUGAGCUUCAACGGCCACAUGAAUCCCACCCCAAACCUGUCCAACAUGAUGCGCCACUCGCUCGGCAACUUUGUUCCCAGCCGACUGUCCAUGAGCCACUGCAACCCGAGUUUCAGUAGUGGAAACCACGCCGCGAUGCCGUCGAUCCGCUCGUCCGUCGAGUGGAAAAAUCGCAACGUGACCACAACGUCGCACUUUUACCACCUCUGGAUGAACGUCAUGACCAAUUACGAGGCCAAGAUGCAGCACCCGACGGUGUGCUGCAACGAGCUCCUCGCGCUCUUUCCUCUCUGCGCUCUGGACAUCGUCGUGUCGAUCCACUUUGCCAUUCCCGCGCUUCCGUCCGCCGUGUACUAUGGCCGCGAAGGCCUCGUCGACGUGUUGUUCUCGCUCAGUCAGUUUGUGGCAUUGUCCGACAUGUCGCUGCACCGCGUGUCUCUCAGCUCUCGACCGAACGUGCUGCUCGUGAGCGGAACUGGGAAACUCACCAACAAAUCGACGAAAACGACGUACAGCUGUGAGUGGAAAGACGAAGUGUCGCUCAGUCCCGGUGGUCGCGUGCUCAGUUUGAAGCUGUACAUGGAAGUCGACCCGGCGGCAUUUCAAUCGUCUGAUGCGGAAGAGCGCAUGGCGCGCCUCAAGUCGAACCUAAAAGCCACGGCGUCCAAGCGCGUCCUGUCGCUGUCAAUGCAGCACUUUGCCGUCAAAAAGGUGCUUGGGCAAGGCACGUUUGGCACGGUCGUGCUCUCCGAGCGCAAAACCACCGGUGAAAUCUUCGCCAUCAAGAUCCUGGACAAGAGCUCCAUGUCGAGCUAUGAUAAAAUCCGCACGCGCACGGAGAUGCGCAUCUUACGCGACGUGUACCAUCCCUUUAUUGCCCCUCUUCGGUUUUCGUUCCAGUCCCAGUCGCGCGUGUUCCUCGGGAUGGAGUUUUACCCCGGCGGUUCACUCUACACGCACAUGAACAAGUUUUCCGAGGACGGUGACCAGCGCAUCAAGCUGCCCAUUGACAUGCCGCGCAUCAAGUUUUACGCUGCGCAGUUGGUCUUGGCACUGUGCCAUUUGCACGCGUGCGAUAUUGUUUACCGAGACUUGAAACCCGACAACAUCAUGCUCGACAAGGACGGCAAUAUUGCGUUGGUCGAUUUUGGCCUGAGCAAAACCAACGUGCGAUCGCUCGAAGGCGCGCGGACGAUGGCGGGGUCCCCUGCCUACACGGCCCCCGAGCUGCUCAAGCCCAAACGCAGCCGCGAGUACGGCAAGGCUGUGGACUGGUGGUGCCUUGGCAUCUUGAUCUACGAAAUGAUGUUUGCCCGCCGUCCAUUCCACCACCCGAACGUGUCGGUGCUGUAUCGCUUGAUCGACAAGGACCCGGUGAAAUUCCCCGGGAGAAUUCCCAUUGCCCACGAAGCCAAGUCGUUGAUUGUCGGGCUCUUGGAAAAGGAUCCGAACAAGCGCCUCGGCGCGCACCACGCGAGCGACAUCUUGACGCAUCCGUUCUUCAAAGGCAUCGCGUGGGACCAAGUGCUGAAGAAGAAGGUGCUGCCGCCGUGGAAGCCCGACACGACCAAGGACCUGUCGCGACGCACCAACGUGGACCUGGGUCGCAUCGUCAUGAGCAAGACGCCACCGCCGUCGUCGACGUUCAGCAUCUUUGGAUGGAGGCCGAUGGAAACCCUGGGCAAGCCCAAGCCGAACCCCAUCACAAACCCGGACGUCGCGGGGGAAUUUGGUCGGUUCAGUUAUGUGUGUGACUCGACGCCGUCGUUUUUGGUCGAUGAGGACGACAUGCUCGAUUCGGCCUUCACCGGUCGGCGAAGCGUCCAGCUCGAAGCCCUUGCCAUCGAAGCAUAAAGUCCGCCAUUUAUUAUUUUAUUCGCAAGAAUCACUUUGUCCGACACCGCACCGUGUGGACCUGCUGCCCUGGAUCGCCAUGGAACGGAUUGCAACACGUUCAGCCACUGCAUGCUCUUUCUACAGCAUGACGACUUUGGACAAGGAGAUCGGUCCAUACUACGAGAUGCAUAUCGUGGGACACCGACACUCAUGCAUGCAGCGCAGCCAUGGCCGGAUGGUUGGCGAUGUGGGCCUCGAUCGCAUACGCAAACGGCAGCUGGCCCCAAUUGACAGUCACCGACGCAUACAAGGUGUCGACCGAGAACGCGGCGCAAUAGUUGCCCGGCGGGAUGUCGUACGGCACAACGCCGAGGAGCGUGCCAUUGUGCGUGAAAAAGAUUCGAUGAUGGUCUUGGUCGUAACCACAUCCAAACACGUCGGUGGAAGAGCGGGGGAUGUCGGCCGUCGCGGUGGCGUCCAUCAACGGCAUCGUCAAGACGUCCAUGCCAUUGUGGAAUAUAAGCGGAAAUGAACCAGGACUCGGCGUGUGGUGGGGAUGUGAGUGGUAGCCAAACGACACCGGGUGCCAUCCCACAUGCGCAUCCGACCCGAACCCGUAGGGACACAUGGUGUGAUCAGGCAGGUGGACCAUGCCCAAACUGAUGGCAGUGGCUGUCAAGGAUGCCGUCACUUCAAAGUACAUGACGUAGCGGUGUAGGGCUGUCGCACACGGGAUCGGGGGAAGCGGCUGAAGUGACCGGAUCGAUUCCACCGCGCCGUGCUCCAGGUUCCUCAGCAUCGAGUUGUUGAGGACUGUGAUGAUGCGGGUAUCCGUGUCGAUCGUAACGUCAGCGCGAGUAGACAGCUUGACGUCGAUGGCCAUGCGGCUCUCAUGCAUGCGCCAGAGCUGUAUCCACGAGCUGUGCCGGUAGUACGCAUCAGGGAGCGAUACCCUUGGUGGCAGCCACACCGAUGCAUACUGGUGCAUCCAUGGCAGAGGAAGCAUCGCGAGGCGUUGAAAGUGCCGGCAUACAAGUUUGCUCUGGCAGAGCGAGCGCACGUCGAGGUACUCAAAGCACAGCUCCCACACAUGUUCGCCCAACAUUUCUUCGACCCAUUGGAUGGUCUGGACCCGGUUUGUCGUGGCUCUUGCAGCCGCGGCAGCCGCCUUUCGCUGGCUCUUGGUUUGCUUUUUGGCCUUGAUGGGUAUUGCCAUGAUCGACGUCGCUAGAGUGCUGAAUCCGCCGCCCCUUCCUCGCGCGUCAUGUCGGCUCAACACUGUGGAAUACUGCAUCCACUCGCCGAUUAUUC